AAAGAGGUAUUUUGGCCUUACCUGUUGAAGUAUAAAGUGUAAGUGCCUUACAGUUUCCUUCCUUUCUAUAAAAACUGUUUUGAGUGAUUUUGCUAUUUUCCUGAAACCUGUUAGGUCACUGAACAUCUGAUUGGCUGGGCACCUGCUCUUGUUCCUUCAGUUGAGGUAGGAUUGGCAGCCCUCUCCAGAAGGCGUGCAGUGCCAGGAGAGUGGAGGAAGGUCUGACGUUUGCUAUCCUGGGGUAGGUUUUAGAGCUCGCUAGAUGCUUGUGGAGAGCUGAUGAGAUGGGAAGAAGGCACCCCACCUCGAUGGACCUGAAAGACAGAGCCUGCGAACUGAGAAGCGGGUGUGUGGAAUAACCCUGACUAGGCAUAGAAGACCUCCGUCUUAUUUGAGCCUGCAAAAGGAGGUCAUUGAAGGCCCAGUUAGUUCUUCUUGGGGAGCGCCCCCUUCAGGUGUCCCUGAGGUUCACAGCAGCCAUGGAGGGAGCCCUUUGUUACUGGGAGAAGCUGCAGAGUUCUGGAAAGCAGGGGAUUCACAGGCGGAUGUGGUCGAGGUUGGGCUGGAAGGGAGAUUGGGAAGCUCUUUCUGAGGGUGGAAUUGUUAGUGUCCUGGGGCUGUUUCUUGACUUGGUCAAAUAAAACAUCUGGAUAUAGGUAAGAAGUGCCUUAAUUGUAAAGGAGUAUUGCAAGAGGAGGAAAGCACCAACUGUAAGAUAUUUGUGGAUCUCACAGUUGAAGCAGAAAAGGCCUUUCUUUCAUAGGGAGGAGCAAACAUGAUUCAAGGUGGGAGGGGAAGGGCACGACUCCUGGGCUAAAUCCGAUCCCUGAUCAGAGAAUGUUUCACCCUGAAGUCAGCCUGUUCUUAGGAGGGGCAUAAAGAGGGGUUGAAUGUUGACUCAGGCUGUGGGUGGGACAAACCUCAGGCACCUUGGAGAAGGGGAGAAAUUUAAGCAACUUUGGUUAACACAUAUUUUGUUUUGACCAUCGAAGAUAAAACUCUUUAUUUAAUUGCUUAUGAGGGGGAAAAAAAAGGAAAUAGGAGAGUUUGUGGCUUUGUGAUACCUAAAACAGGGAGCAUCAUCUAAGUCAUAACAGGAAGAAGAUUCUUUGCAGUAAGCUGCUCUUGAAGAACAAAAAGGAAGGGGGAUUUCUUUCAUCACAGCUGCUUCUCAGGGUUAACUACCUACUCCAUCUUUUCCCCACUCCUUUCUCUUGCCCUACACAUCUCUUCCAUUAGGCUGAGUUGUAUCUUUUAUAAUAAACUGGUCAAUGCAAUUACAGUCUUUGCUGAGUUCUGUGAAUCCUUGUAUAAAAUUAAUGAACUUGAGUAGGGUAUUAUGGGAGGCCCUAACUUAUAGGCAGUAGCUCAGAAGUAUAGAUGGCCCCUGGGGAAUUUGACUGGCAUCUGUAGAGGGGCAGUGUUGUGGCACUGAACUCUGAACUUGUGGGGUCUGUGCUGCCUCUGGGUGCUGUCAGAAUUGAGUUGUUGGACAACCAGUUGGUGUUGGAGAAUUGGCUGGUGUUCAGCAAACUCCACACAGUUAGUGCCUUAAAAAAGAUAGCACAGGGACCUGGGCUGGAGAGAGACUCUGGGUGUCUCCAGGAAGGGAGGCUGUAUUCCCCUGCACACAGACUGUCACCCUACACAUUGUCCUGUGAUUCCAUGUCUCCUCCCAGGGUGAGAAGCGACUGAGGACAGAAAGGGAAGAAGUUCUGAGAACAGACCCCUGCCCCCACUGUGCUGCCACCACAUAAUUCCCACCCACUCUGAACACACCCACUAGGCACUGGCGUCGCCAUGCCCCUUUCAGGACAAGACAUGACCCUCAGGAAUUGUGCCCAUAGCACCUUUGCUCCUAGAGUUUCCUGCCAAAAUUCCCAUACAGGUGCCUAGAGGACUCCUGGCUUAUCCUUGCCCCCAGACCCUGAAACUGCAGCAGCAACGCAGUCCGUCCAUCAACCUAGGCUUGUGGACCACCCAGUCAUAGUCUCAUCUGCCUGCAUGGACACAGGAGUAAGUCAGAGCAUAGCCUUGCCUGGGCCAGUAUCUGUAGCACAAACCAGUCCUUCCACCAGUUCUGCACUGCCCCCCAUGUGAGAGUUCUUAGUAGCACCUUCCCUUCUGCCUUUUAACUUCCCCACAAACCCUGACAGGGUCUCUCACUGUGUCGCCCAGGCUGGAGUGCAGUGGCAUGAUCAUGCAGUCUUGACCUCCCCGGGCUCAGGUGAUCUUCCCACCUCAGCCUCCCCAAUCACUGGGACUAGAGGCGUGUGCCCCCCACACCUGGCUAAUUUUUGCAAUUUUUGUAGAGACAGGGAGGGUCUCAAUAUGUUUCCCAGGCUCAUCACGAACUCCUGGGCUCAAGUGAUCCACCUGCCUCUGCCUCCCAAAGUGCUGGGAUUACAGGCGUGAGCCACCAUGCCUGGCCUACAAACCCCUUUUUAUGUGCAUGCGGUGUGUCCAAGGCAAAUCCUCAGGUGCCUGAAUCUAGCGCCUGCUGGAAUUCAGAUGUCCAUUAAUUCAAGAUUAUGGCCCUACAUCUCCCAGUUGUGAGAACAAAUACAAAUUAAAAAUAUGAGACUUAACCCUUCUUGAAAAUAAGGGAAGACAUAUUUCUCUCCUUCCUUUUCUUGAAUCAUUUACUUUAGAGAAUUUUUGUAUGUAAGUUUUUUUCUGCCUUUUGGAAAUAUGUCUAAAUCAUUGUAACAGCUAAACAGAUCUUUUGUCUUUUGUCAGUCUUUGUUUUUUUUUUUUUUUUUGAGUCUUGCUGUGUUGCCCAGGCUGGAGUGCAGUGGUGCGUUCUUGGCUCACUGCAACCUCUGCCUCUUGGGUUCAAGCGAUUCUCCUGCCUAGCCUCCCAUGUAGCUGGGAUUAUAGGUGCCUGCCACCACGCAGGGCUAGUUUUUGUAUUUGUAGUAGAGAUGGGGUUUCACCAUGUUGUCCAGGCUGGUCUCAAACUCCUGACUUCAGGUGAUCUGCCUGCCUCGGCCUCCCAAAGUGCUGGGAUUACAGGCGUGAGCCACUGUGCCUGGCUGUCAGUCUUUGAUUCGGAACAUUCUUUCUCUAGGAACUGGGAAUCAUUGAUUUGAACUAUAGGUAGCAAAGAAGAUAGAGCCGUAUCUUACAGUUUCUUUAGGAGAGCAGGCAUCUACCUUCAGGCCCCUGGCUCUAAGUUGUAAAUGUACCUACCUGUCUCGAAGACAUGAAGUUUAUUUUUCCUUUAACUAUAGCCAAAUAAAAACCACAGAUGGCCUCCCAAUUCCCAGGUGAAUUUAGGAUGAACUCUUAUCUGACAAAUGGUGCUGUCAGGUCUUCUAUUGAGGACUAAUUAUGGUGACUUUUCAUGAGUGAGUGUUUUUCCAAUCUCUUAGCAGAUUGCCUGUAAUGUCCUUCACAUUCUGGUCUCAUUGUGUCAUAGAACAGUUUUCUUUCUUUUCUACCAUUGUGCAUCGUUUUUCUCGUGAUUCUGUUUUUAAUUAUAUUUCCCAAACACUGAGAAAUGUAAGGUGCCCACCAGGCCUCACUCUAGAGGGGAUAUUCCCUCUAAGACUUCCUGUCACAACCCACAGUUGUGCAGCAAAGUGCCUGUUGCCCCGAAAAUCUGCAGGCAGAAUGGUCUUUCUGCUUGUUUGGAAUCUUUAAUCCCUUCUAGAAGAGUUUGGCCAGAUUUCUACAAAAAUAAGUUCACAGGGCAUCAGUUAGCCAUUCCAGCUCUGUCUUUCCGUGCCCCUGGCAUCUUCAGACCUGAAACCGAUUCAGAGACGACCAUGGGGGCUGGAAACCAACCAGGCACACACAUGCAUUGAGUAGGCCUGAGAAUCUCAACAUUCCCCUCAUCCUCUUGCCCAAAUGCCCAUGAAUGUGCAGAAGGUGCGUGCCACUUCUCUGCCCCUCCAGCACCUAAAUCUGUAGCUCCAAAUGUUGAACCCAGGUCCUGGGGUUCUCCAGGAUGUGUGAGAGCAGAAUUCCUGAGGGGCUGUCUCCUCUAGUUUUCUUCACAGUAACACCCAAGAAUGCAGAGCCAGGUUGAUUCCACCUGGAGUCUGCACAUAAAGGCUGGUCUCCACCUGGGAUCCACAAGACAGGGCCAGACUUUGGACUGAGGACGUAUAGAAAAUCCAGGGGACAUUUUCUGCAUUAUGAGAGAUUGACAUAGACCUUGUAAAGCCCUACUUUUUGUGUGGGGUCUUUCAAGUUUUCUAGAUCUUGUCCAGUGAGCUGCUGCAGUUCUGUGAGGGCCUUCUGGUCUAAGCAGAACAUGGUGGCAGAAUCUGUAAGUGUAAAGCAGCACCUUAGCAGAGGGAGGGCAGGGCCACAACUGUCCAGAGCCGUGAGUGAAGCUAUACCUACCUGUGAGCUGUGUUACUGGAGUAGGGUAAUCUUGUCCUUUCUUGUACCCAAGAGUUAGCUGAUCAGGUAUAGGUAAUACUACACAUGGAUCCAGAAUCUGUGGCUCCACUGGGGCAGUUCCACUUUGUAUCCUGGCCCCACAGAGUCAGCCUGAGUCUCUCCUGCCCAAAUCACUACUGGGGCAUCAGCACAGGAUCACCAGGAACUCCCUCACCAGCACCUUGGAGUCCUUGGGACAUUUGGUGAUGUCCCAUGCAGACUGAGGUCAGGCUGACAACAGGGUCUAAUUUCUUUCCAUCUCAGAAGGAAAGGAAUGCAUCAUCCAGGAUUUGUUCCUCCACUCACAGAAGGAAUCUCUUUAUUUGGUAUCCAAAUGGGAUUUGCUCCAGUUUUCUAAUACGUGGACGAAGAACAAAGAGGAGUUCUGGAGACUCCUACUGAUAGGGACUGUUGACAUUCAGGGAUGUGGCCAUAGAAUUCUCUCGGGAGGAGUGGGAACACCUGGACUCAGAUCAGAAGCUUUUAUAUGGGGAUGUGAUGUUAGAGAACUACGGAAACCUGGUCUCUCUGGGUCUCGCUGUCUCUAAGCCGGACCUGAUCACCUUUUUGGAGCAAAGGAAAGAGCCCUGGAAUGUGAAGAGUGCAGAGACAGUAGCCAUCCAGCCAGAUAUCUUUUCUCAUGAUACUCAAGGCCUCUUAAGAAAGAAGCUUAUAGAAGCAUCAUUCCAAAAAGCGAUAUUGGAUGGAUAUGGGAGCUGUGGCCCUCAGAAUUUAAACUUAAGGAAAGAGUGGGAAAGUGAGGGCAAAAUAAUCCUAUGGUGAAAAAAAUCAACAAGAUAAUCUCUGCUUGAGAAAAAGGACCAAAGACAAGUGAAUUUUCUGAGGGUGAUGAAAGUGUUGCUUCGAAAAGGGGUGAAGUUUAUAUGGGUCUAUUUAUUUGUCUAACAUGUACAGUUAAGGUUUAUGCCUUGCAAUGUAUGUACAUCUUCACAAAAAAUCUUAAAAAAAUUAAAUGGGUGGGGAUAGGGAAAGGGUUGAAGUAUAGAUGAAGCAGAAGUGGUACAUGAUUAGUAGUUGAAGCUGGGGGCAGGUCUAUAUAUUUUAUUUUUAUGUCUUUAAUAGCAUUUGUAUAAAUGUACAAUAUUCAUUUACAAUGUUAGCUCAGGAUCUUGUUUACCUUUGGACAGGGAGGGAGGGAGAAAUUUAUUUUCUGGGUAGGAGUAAAGCUGGUUCUAUUCCUCAGUUAUGUAAAUUAUCUGUUAUAAUCCAAAAAGCUUUACAUGAAUGUUUCUGUAUGUAAUGUUGUAUAUCAAUAAAAAAUUAAAUAUUACAUAUUUGCACCAAAAUCCUAACUCACUAUCUCAGAAUGUUAGCAGCAUUUUCUUUUGUUGUAAAGUGGAACACAAUCUCAUGGCAUUAGCAGAUGGGUUUGAAUAUUCUAAAGUAUCAACGUCCUAAUCUCAUGGGCACCUCUUGGGUCUUUCCAUUUUUGCCUUCAUUUGGUAAGUGGCAUGCUUUUGAUUUUUUGAGAUGAAACUUUUUCCCAGCAAAGUCUUUUCCCCACAGUGAUGCUCUGAAAGCCAGGACACCUAGCACAGGACCCUGGGCAUAGUAUGCACUCAGUACAUGUGGAGCAUGUUGAUCAGGAACAAAAGGAGUAGCAAAGGUCAGCUCCUGCAAAGGUGAGUAGAUAAUACAGGUAUGACUGAAAGGCUGCAACUCAGGAGUAAACAUUUUACAUUCAUUCAAGAGACAAUUUGCAACUAGUACACCAAAAAAUUUUGGCUGAAAGCAGUACUUUGGGGGCUUGGCUAAACUCUGUAAUCACCUGGAGAACUUUAAACAAUACUGAUGUCUGGGCCCCACUCCAGGGAUUUUGAUUUUAUUGGUCUGUUGCAGUUUGGGUUUUGGGAAUUGUAGGGCCUCUGCAUGUGACUGUAAUGUGGAGCCAGGGGUGAGACCCACUGUUUCAGGGUGAGGGAUGCAUUAGCUGUGUGUGAUUUCCAUGUGUGCUGCAAGUAUUUGCUCUGUGAACAUUCCUGCAUUUGGAGUCUUGGAAAUUGCAUAAGGAAGAAGUGUCUCUCUACAGAUCUAUUUUUUAUGUCACUUGCUUUUAGAGUAAGAGGUUAUUUCAGGCACAGUAAUUUGAUUUAAUCUGUUUUCAAAUACUAAAUCUGAAAAUACUAAAAUGAAAAGAAUUUGCAAAUGUGAGAAUUUGCAAACAUGUGGAGUGUGUUCUUAUGUGCUUUCCAGUUUCUCUGAUGAUAAGAAAUGAGUAAUGUUGGGCCUUGAUUUCCUAAACUCAGCCCUCAGUUACUUUCUCAAAUUAUUUGAAGACCUUCCAAGUUGCUUCAGAAGCGUUGUCCAAAGGAGAUUAUUUCCAAUAGUGAAGAAUAAUAGAUGGAUGAGAAUGUCUAAGGAAUCCUACUUCUGUCGCAGAAGCGGCACUCUCCAGAACCUCAGGGGCCCAUGGAGUUCAUGGGCUUUGGAGUCAGGCAGAGUUGACCCUGAGUCCAAUCCCAGCCUCUUAAUAGACUAGUUACUUGACUUGGAACAGUUAUGCAAGACAAAGCACAAUGAUACUGAUUGCAGUAAUGGGAACAAUUCAUUCCUCUCUGUAUCCAUGCCCUUUGCAAUGCAUGUUUUUAGCUACUCCCAUGGAGGGAAAGAUUCUGUUUAUCCAAUCCUUGGAUCUGACUGGCCUUAUUUGCUGUGGCCAAUUCGUACUCAUUGUUUUGGUGAAACAAUUAGGCAUGUUUUGCUCCUCAUUCUAGUCUUUAAAAUAAGAUUUUAUGAAAUUGUAUUUCUACUGUAUUUGGCUAUAUUCAUUCUGCUCAAUAUUCUAAUUCACUAGUCCUCUUAUCAUCUCUGUUUAAUUUAGUGGUGAACCUAUACAUUGUCUAGUAACUUAAUUUUGUAUUAUUCAUAUUCUAUUGGGCUGUCAUUCAAAUGUGGCUUUUAAACUUUAGUUACUUGUUCUUUCUACAAAAAUAAACAUUGAUUUUC